ACCUUAGCUCUCUCACUCUCUCGCUCGCCUUCCAUGGACACUUGAGUCGCCGGCGCCGGCGCUGCUCGCACUGCUAGCUGCCCGCCACCUCCACGUACGCUUCUCCAAACUCAGUACAGCACCGGCCGCCUGAGCUCGCUCUCGGCGGCCGGACGCCGGAAUUGGCGGCGGCGGCGAUGGGGCUGCUGUCGCACCGGGUGGAGCGGUCGGAGGUAAAGCCCGGCGACCACAUCUACACCUGGCGCGCCGCCUUCACCUACUCCCACCACGGGAUUUACGUUGGAGGAAGCAAGGUGGUGCAUUUCACGAGGAAGAAGGAGGCAGGAGCGUCGGGGCUGGACUCGGCGAUCGCCGUGUCGAGCCUCAUCUCGCAGGGGGCAGCAGAGUGCCCGACCUUCCCGGACUGCGGCUUCCAGCUGCCCGACAGCGGCGUCGUCCUCACCUGCCUCGACUGCUUCCUCCGCGACGGCUCCCUGCACGGCUUCGAGUACGGCGUCCCGCCGGCGGUGUUCCUCGCCAAGCUCCGCGGCGGGACGUGCACCAUCGCCGCCUCCGACUCGCCGGACACCGUCGUCCGCCGCGCCAUGUACCUGCUCCAGAACGGCUUCGGCAACUACGACGUGUUCGAGAACAACUGCGAGGACUUCGCGCUCUACUGCAAGACGGGCCUCCUCCCCGCCGACGAGCCGGGGAUCGGCCGGAGCGGCCAGGCGUCGUCGGCCAUCGGCGUGCCGCUGGCGGCCCUCCUCUCCACCCCUUUCAAGCUGCUCGCGGCCGGCCCGCUCGGCAUGGCCGCUGUCACCGCCGGGAUGUACUGCGCCGGCAGGUACAUCACCGACAUCGGGGUGAGGAAGGACGUCGUGAAGGUGGAGGUGGAGAACCUGUCGGCGCAUCUUGGCUGGCGUCGCGCCAAAGCCCAAGAAGAAGAAGAAUUGGCCAUGAAAAAACAGCCUUCCCAUGCCAAGGUCAACAAGAGUUUGCUUCCUCUCAAGCGAAAACGUGACUACACAUACUGUGAAAUUAUGAGCUGAAAUGCUUACUAGCUAGUACUACAUUUCAACAUUUGUAUGGCUUUGUGUGUGGAUAGAUUGGAGUUAAUGCAAUAUUAAGUGUUAUCAUUAUAGUUAUAUCAAUGUGUGAUAGAUCGAUCUGCUCCCGAAUUGGAUGUGCCAAGGAGAUUGGAUUGUUGUACCACUAUAGUAGUAUAGUCAGAAAUUUCAGUCUCUCUCUGAUUUUUUUCCCCAUUUGCACUAUCUAUAUAUAUGUACUCUGAUAGGCAAAUUUUUAGUAGCAUUUUUCAUGCAGAGUU